GUUACCAGUGUGGAUUCUGAACUCAUGCAAGAGAAAGAGAUAACGUACAGGAAUCAGGCUUGUGUGUUUUAUUAAUUGGUAUCUUCAGUUAAAACUAUCAGAAACAAAAUGUGGAUCUGAUGCAGAAGAUAACUUCUUAUAUUCAUUUGUUCUGAUGAACAACCCUAUACCUUCCAACCUGAAGUCAGAAGCUAAAAAGGCAGCUAAAAUACUACGAGAAUUUACAGAAAUAACUUCCAGAAAUGGACCAGAUAAAAUCAUACCACCUCAUGUAAUAGCUAAAGCCAAAGGUCUUGCAGUUUUGUCUGUUAUCAAAGCUGGAUUUUUGGUCACUGCUCGAGGUGGAAGUGGAAUUGUAUUAGCUCGUCUUCCUAAUGGAACCUGGUCUGCUCCCUCUGCAAUAGGAAUUGCUGGUCUUGGUGGUGGAUUUGAAAUUGGAAUUGAGGUCUCAGACUUAGUGAUAAUACUGAAUCAUGAAAGAGCAGUAGAAGCUUUUGCCAAAGGAGGGAAUCUUACACUUGGAGGAAAUCUGACUGUGGCAAUUGGACCUCUGGGGAGAAAUUUGGAAGGGGAUGUUGCCCUGAGAAGCUCUGCUGCUGUCUAUACAUAUUGCAAAUCUCGAGGACUGUUUGCAGGCGUAUCUCUGGAAGGAACCUGUUUAAUUGAAAGGAAGGAAACAAAUCGCAAGUUUUAUGGGCAAGACAUUCGUGCUAGUGCCAUCCUGCUUGGUGACGUGCCUGUCCCUGCUCAAGCAGAUGAUCUUUAUGAAACCCUAGCAUCCUUCACUGAAGUGUAUGAAAAUGAAGAACAAAAAAACAAUGCAGGAAAAUGUGUAAGGGAACAAAGAAGGGUAAAUGACCGACCUGAUAGACCAUCAUCCAGACCAGAGCCACCUAAACCCACUGUUAGACCUACACCACCAGCUAAAAAGAAUACGAACAAACUUUAUCCUGAACUUCCCAAUGAUUACGCAUCUGUGGUUUCAGAUAACUCUUCGAGUGAUCCAGUAGAAGUUACAGCACUUUAUUCAUUUGAAGGACAACAGCCAGGUGACUUGACUUUCAAAGCUGGAGACAAAAUCACAGUGACAACUAAAACAAAUUCCCAGUUUGAUUGGUGGGAAGGAAGAAUAGGAGGAAAAACUGGCAUCUUUCCAGCCAAUUAUGUUGCCAUAAGUAACAACUAAAUUUGUACAGAAUAAAAUGUUGGGGCAGUAAUAUAUUUACACUGAAAAAUAUAUUUUAACUUUUCCAAUUUUAUUAAAAUAAUAUUUUUGAUCAAUACUAUUCUAAUAAAAAAAAUUAAAUGCUUUGAAUGACCAUAACUUUCCCCUAAAUUUAUUUCCUAAGUAAACAGCAGGUGAUAGUCAAUUUAUGAGAGUUUUAUUUUUGAGCAAAUUGCCCUGUAAAAAGUAACCCAAUUUGUGUAUAGUUUCAAUUCUGUCUUCCUAUAUGGAUUAAUUUUUUACAUGAGGGAAAAAUUGGAAACACUUUAGAAUUAGAUAUGUUGAAAAAAAUGUUUAAUUUCUA